AUGGUGGCGCUCUGGGGAUUCCAGCAUUCAAUGGCCCAGAACCACCUGCCCAAGCUGGAUGAUGGCUAUGGAUGGACGAAGGACCAGGGGAACAGAGAAACUGGGCCCAAGCCCCAGGCUGUCAUUGUCAUCUAUUCUAGUAGUCGACUUUCUAGACCUCAAAGAUCUCAAAGUCCCAAAGUCUCCAAAGUUCUCAUGCUACCCUCUUAUGCCUUACAGCACACUUAUACAGGAAUCAUGAAGGGUGGGGGUUUCCCAAGAAGGAAAAACAAGGUGAAAAUAAUGAAUAACUGCUCUAGUGCCACUGAAUUCCGCCUUCUGGGCUUCCUAGGGUCCCAGGAAUUGUGCUUCACUCUUUUUGCCAUCUUUCUCUUCUUCUAUUCAGUGACAUUAAUGGGAAACAUGGUCAUCAUUGUGAUCAUCUGUGUUGACAAGUGACUGCAGUUCCCCAUGUAUUUUUUCCUUGGCCACCUCUCCACCUCGGAGAUCUUGAUCACGACCAUUAUUGUCCCCGUGAUGCUCUGGGGGUUGCUGCUCCCUAAGAUACAGGCAAUCUCUCUGACUGGCUGUGAGGUCCAGCUCUAUCUGUAUCUUUCUGUUGGGACUACAGAGUUUGCAUUCAUGGGUGCCAUGGCUGUGGACCAUUACAUAGCUGUCUGUAACCCUCUGAGGUACAACAUCAUUAUGAUUAGCCGCACCCGUAUCUCUGUGGUAAAUGUGUCUUGGGUGUUUGGGUUCUUGUCUGAAAUUUGGCCAGUCUAUGCUACAUUUAAGUUUACCUUCUGCAAAUCAAAUGUGUUAGACCAUUUCUACUGUGACCGAGGGUGGCUGCUCAAACUUGUCUAUGAUAACACUCUUUUUAUAGAGUUUGUUUUCUUAAUGGUUGUUUUCAUUAUCUUAGGUUCCCUGACCCCAACAAUUAUCUCCUACACUUACAUCAUCUCCACCAUCCUCAAGAUCCCCUCAGCUUCCGGCCGGAGGAAAGCCUUCUCAACAUGUGCCUCUCACUUCACCUUUGUCAUGCUUGGCUAUGGCAGCUGCCUGUUCGUGAAACCCAAGCAGACGCAGGCAGCAGAGUACAACCAGAUUGUGUCCCUAUUGAUUUCCAUGCUGACCCCUUUCCUGAACCCAUUCACCUUCACGCUCCGAAAUGACAAAUUCAAGGAAGCCCUUUGAGAUGGUAUAAAAUGCUGCUCUCAACUGCUCACAGAUUAA